AUGAACUCCUUCCUGGAGUAUCUCGCGCGGGGCGGAGAUGGCUUGAGCUUGGCGACCAAAUUCGGGAGCUCCGAGCCCGGUGGCGUGGCUCUGCGGCCGCCCUGUCCCCUGUCCGCAGGCGGGGAAGGCGCCUACCCCACGCCGGCUGCAGGAAGCUUGCCGGAUUUCUCCCCGCGCUCGGCGCAACCGCAGCAACAGCUGGCGCCUUGCGCCCUGGCGCGCAGCGCUUUCGCGGCGGCAGAGUACAGCUUGCUCCGGCCCGAGGCGCCUUACGCGGCCCCCGGCGGCCCAGACGAGGCCGGCGCUCCCCUACACUACGCCACCACGUCUAUCUUUGCGGGCGGCGGCGGCGGCGGCGCUUACUACGGCGCGCUCAGUGACACCUUCCAGCCUUGCGCCAAGGAUGCGCCGCCCCCGCCGCCCCCUUCCUCGGACUUCUGCGUCAAGGCCGGCUCCCGGAUCGCGCUCAGCACCUUCGAGUGGAUGAAAGUCAAGAGGAACGCGCCCCCGAAAACAGGCAAGCUCUCCACCUAUGGAUCUCCCAGCCCUCCCAGUGCUGUCCGGACCAAUUUCAGCACCAAGCAACUCACGGAGCUGGAGAAAGAGUUUCACUUCAACAAGUACCUCACCCGGGCCCGACGCGUGGAGAUCGCCAAAUCCCUGGGCCUCAAUGACACUCAGGUGAAGAUCUGGUUCCAGAAUCGGAGGAUGAAACAGAAGAAAAGGGAGCGGGAAGGGAUGGUUGUCCCUUGCGCUGCGGUACCUUUUCACAGCCCCACCUCCGAGUCGAGCCCGACACAGCCAGCGAUGCGUUCUGCUCCCUCUUCUCCAGCCAAGGGCUCGCCCUGACGGCUGUGGAAACACAGAGAGGCGUUAGGAACAGCAGGAGGCUGAAAAGACUCAAGAGAAUUAAACAACAACAAAAACUUCAGAUAAAUCCGAAAGCUCUGAAUGGUGUUAAAUCGUGCACAUUCUAAGACGAGGGGAUUGCUUUGUUUUAUUUAGAAAGACAAUCAUUGCACUGAUGUUGUUGCACUCCCCUUGGGGAAAAGGCUGGCUUUAUCACGUGUAGAAUGAAGGACGUUUGCUGCUUUUACGCAGAACUCGCUCAAGGCACAAAUGGCACCGUCUGACUUGUUUACAUUUUAUUUAUUUGCAUUUCAGGGAAAGCUGCUCUUAGGCCGCUGUGUGCUGCUAAACUUUGUGAUUGGCCUUGCUGAGUUUAUUUGACCUUAGGCUUGCUUACUCACGAGGAAGUCUCGUGGGAAAUACUACGGGCAGAAGAUCUUAGGCUUGCUCAGCUGGACCUCUGAUUGUUUUGAAUCUUUGUGUGUUUUUCUUUUUUUGUAUGUGUUUUGGAAAGAACCCAAGGGGGUGUGUGUGUGUGUGUGUGUGUGUGUGUGUGUGUGUUGUACAAAAGAAACCAAAGAUAGAGAGCCAUGUGCUUCAUAAAAGGGCUGCUCUCUCGCCUUUGAAAAACUUUACUUUUCAAACGUUAGGCCUUGGUUCGAAAUGUCUUUUGAAAUACUUCAGGGCUUCCCAGGGCUGCUGCUUCGAGGUGCCUGCAUGUAAACGCAAUCAUUAGCUAGAAAGCAGUGGUGGGUGACUUGAAUUCCUUUUGCUUUGGAGGGCUCGGCUGUGGUUCUAAACAAAUCUGUGCUCUCCGGAAACAUCCGGCGCAACCAAGUGAGGCUUUCAAUAAGCACGUUGGCUUAAGAUGGGGUUUCCAGUGUAAUUAAUGUCGUGCCGGUUUUUUUUUUUUUAAUAUAAAUACUGGUACUGGUUUUAAUUUUUCAUUAAUAAAUGCAAUUUCUUGAAUGUUAUGUAGUAAAGCAAAGAGAUUCUGAGAUGGAUGGACUUCCUUUCCAUUGAUUGUCACUCUUUGCUUUUGGUUUUGUGUUGGCUCAGCAAAAUGCUUCUCUUAAUUAAGUUUUCAGCUGGUUUCUCAAAACAAAGAACUUCUCUUUAUAGUUCCUCAAAUAGCCCGCGAGGGUCUUUCUUCCAUUCCUUUAACAACAACUCCUCGCGAGGCCUAUUUUAGUUUUUCAUGGCGAUCCUUCGUGUGAUAAAAAGAAGUGGAAAAGAAGGUUGUGGAAUAACAACCAAAGUUGGCACGGGGAGCUGAGGAGUAAGGAGGCAAGAAAAGGUCACUUCUGAUUAUAACUUCCAGGUAACUCCUAGACUUGGAUAAUCUUAAACUGGUGUCCUGGUAAAGACCUUCUGGUUACGAUAUUGGCCACUUGAUUUAGUACAAAGUCUUCGACAUUGCCCCUUAGGAAUUCGAAGAUAAAUCGCAGAGUAAUCCUAACCAUGUCUACUCAGAAGUAAGUCUUAUUGGAUUCAAUGGAGGUUACUACCAGGUAACGGGGUUAGGAUCUGCAGCCUCUCCCUCUCCGCACUUCUCUUUGUGUAUGAAUAUAGGGCGGUGUCAGUUAAAUAAUGUAUCCUGCCUUAAUGUUUUGGGGGAAGCAACCCAUGACUGAUGAACGGGAAUAAAACAUUGUGUCUCAGGUAAACAUGUAAAGUGGGGGGUGGGGAUCGGAUCCUGUUGUGAACCCGUUUAAAUGAAGACCAUGACUUUAAGAAAAAAGUGAAAUUUAAGAAUAAAGUUUGACUGGGAACCCAUUUAUAUAUGUCGUUUAGUUAUACCGUUGUUGUUGUUGUUGAUGAUGAUGAUGAUGAUUUCUAAAGGCAUCAACAAUUGAAUGCUAGUCAUUUUUUAAAAGAAGGAGCCAUGCCAGACUCAGGUUUUCAAGGGGUCUCUGGGUUCCCAUUCCAGGGCUUUUGGAGAUGGCAAUGUUCCUUUGGAGGGGCACUAAGGUCUGCCCCCAAGGGAGCGGUUCUAUAGAGCGGCACGACUCAUGCCUCGUGUGAGGAAGUCCACGACCUUGGAUAUUAACGCUGACUAUCACUAACCUAUUUCCAAACCAUUGGG